CCGUCAUCCCCCGCGCCGAAAGGAGCCGUCCUCUCUCCUGAGGGCGAAGCUGCGGCCCGGCCAAGAUGGCGGCGUAUUUGACCCACCAGCAGAAGGUGCUGCGGCUCUACAAGCGAGCGCUGCGGCACCUCGAGUCCUGGUGCAUCUUUCGGGACAGGUACCGCUUCUUUGCCUGCUUGAUGAGAGCACGUUUCGAUGAGCACAAGGAUGAGAAGGAUAUGGUGAAGGCGACCAAGCUGCUAAUGGCCGCAGAACAGGAAUUUUGGGAGAACCAGCAUCCUCAGCCCUACAUCUUCCCCGAUUCUCCGGAAGGCACUUCUUAUGAGAGAUACGACACCUACAAGGUACCUGAAUGGGUCCUAGACUUCUGGCAUCCUUCGGAGAAGGCGAUGUACCCAGAUUACUUUGCCAAGAGAGAGCAGUGGAAGAGGCUGCGGAUGGAAAGCUGGGAGAAAGAGAUCCAGCAGCUUCAGGAAGAAACCCCGCCAGAUGGCCCUCUGACCGAAGCUCUGCCUCCGGCCCGCAAGCCAGGACACCUACCUCCUCUGUGGUGGAAUUACGUAACUGCGCCCCGUGAACGUCCAAUGUAAAAAAUAUCACUCUACACAGUUUUUGUGAACGGGGUUACACCCUUCAAGCAGGAACGAAUGUUAGCAUGCAGAACUACAGUAAAUGCGCACAAUAAAACGAAACCUCUUG